AUGUCACACUUCAACCAUAAGCAAACGCUCCGUAAGGACUACCCAUGGACAACUUAUCCGCUUAUAUCAUCUGCUCCUAUGCGCUUAAUAUCAAAACCUGCCUUGGCUCUAGCUGUUUCUAGAUCUGGUGGUCUUGGUUUCCUCGCUGCUGGUACCGAUCUCUCUACCCUUUCGGACGAACUCAAGGAAAUUCAGGAUACUCUCUCAGAUGAGCCAAUUCCCGGGAGCUACCGAGACACUCUUCCCAUAGGAAUAGGUUUCAUAGUCUGGGGCUGCGAUCUCGAGCAUGCCCUGUCAAUUCUCGCCCCACUUCCCUUGCCACCUUCAGCAAUAUGGCUCUUUGCCCCAGAGACCGCGUCAGACUUGCAAGAGUGGACAGACUCUAUCCGGAAGCUCACAGGCAAUCUCACCAAGAUUUGGAUUCAAGUCGGCACUGUUGCUUCUGCACUAUCAGCCGCCCACUCCUGCGACCCUGAUGUCCUCGUUAUCCAAGGUUCUGAUGCCGGUGGACACGGUCUCGCUCAUUCUUCCUCGAUCGUUUCCCUUCUUCCCGAAUGCGCAUCUGCAUUACGCUCCAACGAAUACUCGCACAUACCUCUUAUUGCUGCUGGUGGAAUAGUCGAAUCACGUGGAGCAGCUGCUUCAUUUAUGUUAGGUGCAAGUGGAAUAUGCAUGGGUACACGAUUCUUGGCUUCUUCCGAGGCAGUAAUUUCGACUGGCUAUAGAAACGCAGUCUUAGCAGCAGAGGAUGGCGGCGUGUCAACCACGAGAACAACCCUCUAUGAUAGAUUGAGAGGAACGGCAGGCUGGUCGGAAGAUUACAAUGGUAGAGGAGUGGUCAACAAGAGUUGGUGGGAUGAGACGAAUGGUAUGAGUAUGGAGCAGAACAAGGAACUUUAUGAAGCAGAGGCGAAGAAAGGAGAUGAGGGAUGGGGAAAUAAAGGGAGAAUGUGUACAUACGCCGGCAGCGGAGUUGGAUUGGUGCGAGAGACUAUGGACGCUGGCAGUAUUGUCAUUGAGGUCCGGGAAGGGAUGAGGAAAUUGAUCAGGGAGGGAGGAAGUCGCUUGUAA